AUGACAUUCUUCAAUACUUUAUUGCAAUCCAAUAGUCACAGCACCACCUUGACAUCACUUUCCUCCUCCUCCUUCUCCUAUCGUCAACAACAACAACAACCACCAUCAUCAGCAGACUCAUCGUCAUCGUUUAACAAUAUCCCUAAUGAGCUUGUGUUACAUAUCCUUCGUCAACUUGGAUUGCGUGAUCUGCUUGUAAUCAGCGUUGUGAACACUCGCUUAUACCACAUCGGUGUACAGGCACUUGCCGAGUAUCUGGCAUCACCACCUCCAUCAUCACCACCUCCUUCGCGAUCACCCUUUUUAUGCAGUGCAUUGAAAGGCCAUGCCAGCCCAUCACGUUUACGUCUCUUUUUCGAUCAAGAAUCUCGGUGGCAGUUUUCUAUCGACAUGAUUUUCGAGAAGCAUGAGAACAACAAUGGAUCAAUGUUUAUUUUUGUCCCUGUUGAACCAGGAUUGUCGUUCCAGAUGUUCAGCUCCAAGGUGUUACGCAAACCAAGUUUGUAUCGGGUAUCUCUUUUGGAUGAAUCACCUGCAGGCGAUGCAGACAUUAUGGUGCUGGAUUCCAUAAUGAGCAAGCCGCUGAAACUGGAUAUUAAGUAUGCGCUUACCCAGCAGUAUGAUAAGCGCGUGGAUGGACAAUCAGCCAUGUUUUCCUACAAGGUACACGAUACACCUACACACCGGCUAAAGUCAAGACCUGGGGAGCGGUGGAUGCAACCUAUCUCAUUCCAAUGUGAUCCUUGGUGGCUCAUUUGGCCUAGAAAAAGUGAGGUUGGCUUGAUGCGUUUACUUCCAUCACGUGGUUCGGCUCGAUUACCAUCAGUACUUCGCUUGGAUUCACCCAUUAACCAUAGCUUGACCUCGUCCUCCUCCUUAUUAACCAGCAAGUAA